AUGAGUACCUUAACUAAAGACCAAUAUGUUUCUAAACUCAAGAAACUGAAUGAGAAAUUACGUAACAAACUCAAAGAUCUCAACGGCAGACUUGAGAGAGUCCUCGAUAGAAUCAAUACAAAGCAACUACUAGCUAAGAAGAAGCAUAAGGAAGUCCCAGUUGAGAAGCAAAUAAGCGUCUGCGAUAAGGAAAUAGAAAAUGCUCAAAAGCAGUUAGAGAGCUAUAAGAAGGAAAUCCUCAGGCUCACCGCUAAGGUAGAACAACUCUCAGAAGUUAACAAAGUUAUCGACCUUGAGGAUGAGAUUAAGGCUAAGACUGAGAUCAAAGCAAAUCUUAAGAAGGAGAUCAAGCAGCUGGAGAGAAACAUCCAUGAUCAAGGUAAAGAGCUUGAAAAACUUGCUAACACUGAUGACCACCAUACUCAGCUUAAUGCUCUAACUGAAAAAUUGAGAGUCUGGAAAGAGAAGAACACUAAACUUGAGACUAACAUAGAAAGAGAAAAGAAAGCCUUCAAAGAUCAAUCAGAGAAGGUAGACAAACUUAAAACUGAGAAAACUAAACUUGAGGAGGAAGUUAAACAGCUAAUGAGCGAGAAAGGGUGGAAGGAACCCGAUUCUGAAGCAAACAACCAGUCAAAAAUGGAAGAGAUCAAGAAAAUGAAGGAAGAACAAGAAAGGAUGCUCAAAAAGAACAAAAAUAGGAAAGAAGAAAGAGAAAUGGAUAAGAAACUUGAAAAGCUUGAGAAAGAACUUGAAGACCUCCAAAAACAACUUAGGGAAAAAGAGCAAGAAAACAGAAUUUCAACUAUGAAGAUUAAGCAAUACCAAAGAACCAUCAAGCAAGCCAAGCUGAAGCCUGUGAAGCUCGAGGAGGAAAAGAAAGAGGCUGAGAAUAAGAGAAAAGCUAGUCAGAAUAAAUCUAGAUCUAUCUCUAAACCUGCUAAGAAUAAAAUCUCAGGAGGAGUUAAUCGAAUGAAAAAGAGCAUAAAUAAUUCGAAAGAAGUCAUUGAGAGAAAGGAUAAUGGUGCCAGCCCCACCAACACUAAAGGACUUGGAGAUAAGUCCAAGGAUCAGAAGAUGAGCCUUGGUGACAAGUCAAUUGAUCAGAAAGCUACCCUUGGCGAUGUUAAGGCACCACCAGGCGGAGGUAAGGGUACAUUCGAGACUGAAGUUCACCUCUAAAUUCUCAAUAAGUUCAAUACUCAUGACUAUGAAA